ACGCGCACCAGCAAGCUCAGCUGUUUCAAGCCUGUCUAAAUUUAUUAAUCUAGCCAGUACAUUUUUUGUAUCUUUUAAGACAAGUGCUUGGGUUAUGGAUGAAAAUCUCAAGAUAAUGAAUUUUUGGCGUAGUUUGUUUUUUUUUGUGGUAUUUAUUGAAAAAUCGAUUGCAGCUGACUUCUGUUAUGAAGACAGUCAUUGCAGUCCAAAUUCGUGGGGGAACAGCUUUGCGCAGUGCCGUCCCAGGACCGAUUCGCGUCAAUCUCCGAUCAAUCUGGACUCAAAGAUGACUAGAAACGAGUCCCUAAGACCCCUGGAUCUCCAGGGCUUCGACGCCGCCCCGUCGGGAAACUGGACCUUAAAAAAUAACGGGCAUACCGUAAUGUUAGACGUUAACGGACUCUCCGUGAGCGGCGGGGGAUUGCCCGGCUCGUACCAGGCACAACAGCUUCACUUUCACUGGGGCAGCUCAUCUACGAAUGGGUCAGAGCAUACAGUCAAUGGCCGCCGAUACCCAAUGGAGGUCACUACCCUUCUUGUACCUUAUACCCAAAUGCACAUUGUGACCAUGAAAACCACCGACCAAAACUUGACGUCUGCUCUGAAUGACACAAGUGGUCUUGCAGUGCUUGGCGUUUUCAUCGACGUAGCAGACCAGGACAAUAACAACUUCAGCGCAAUCUCCGAUUUGGUUGCCUCUGUGAAAUAUAAAGGGACAACUCUGCCCAUCUCCCCUUUUCCUCUGAUUUCUCUCCUGCCGGUGCGAAAUAUGUCCCAGUAUUAUCGCUACCAUGGAAGUCUGACGACUCCCCCCUGCAGCGAGGCUGUGAUGUGGACUGUGUAUGAGGUUCCCAUCUACGUGUCCCAGAAACAGAUUGAUGCCUUCACCUCCGGAGUGUACUACACCGAGGACGGUGCAAACAAAGCUCUACUAAGAAACAACUUCCGGGAUGUACAGGCGAGAGCUUCCCGGGCGCUGUAUGCCUCCAGGGAUGCCAGGCUGCUCCCCGAUUCCUCCACGCCCUUGUCCUCGUCCCACCUCAGCCUGGCCCUUCCCCUCCUCCCCCUGCUAGCUGCAUGGCGACUGUAAGCAUCGUAAUGACUUGGGCUUGGCUUGGGACUGGCAGGGCGUUUGCUGAUGGAAUGAAGCUGCGCUGCCUUUGAAUGUCUAUUUUUUUUUUCUGGUUGGUGCCUGCUUGAGGUUUUGCUCAAAUGUGGAACUAUUAGACUAAUAGGUCAAUCAAAAGAGUGGUAGUACAGACCCAGUCAUUCUAACUUCCCAAACAAUUUACCCUAAAGUAGUAGUAGCUAUGGCUCAUCUUUUGUUGACUUGUUUCAUAAUACUGGGUGACUGUCAGUAGGUGGAGCUCUCAUACCACACCCUGCAUUAAAAAUGCUCACGGGCUGAGGAUCAACAGUCUUCUCUCUCCUGGCAAGUGGAUGUCAGCAUGUUGCAACAGGACCUGGAGCUCAUUGGCUCUGGACUGUGAUUAGAGUUCCACAAACCAAUGGAAACUCUUUCCUGCAGUAUUCACUCGGCAAAUCCCGAGCAGGCUAAGGAUCUGUGUCCUUAAAGACGGAACCUUGCAUGUAUGACGCCAAUGCUGCAUCUAAGGUGAAUGUUGGAAGCCAUGGAUCAGGCGUGAGCUAAUGAAGAGCGUACGUCCUUUGCUAUGUAGGACGGUGGCUUACGAACGGUGGCUGGGGAUCCCAUUGUUCCAUUUGCAUCUUUCGUAGGCUGAUCUUGGGUAAUGGUUCACUGGCAACUGCACAUCCUGAUAAUGCACUUCUGUUUUGUUUUUUUUGUUUGUUUUGUUAUUGUGGCCAGGUGUUUGUCAUUGGGAAAAUAAAAGCCUUUGUCUCAA